AAGGUACCAUAUGAAGCUGACGGUUGGGGUGAAAACAAGAGCAACUAAACCAGGAGGACGACUGCAGCUCAAGUCCCACAGUUCGGUACAUGUUCACAUAUGGUGUCCUCGGAGUUCUCGAGAAAAUGGCCUUAAUUCACUAACUAAUUAGUAUCACUCCUCACAAGAACAUUGCUCGACGCUGUUUUGCACUUCGGAGUCUAUGUAGCUAUUUACGGACACAGACUGCAACAGAACGUCCUGCUUUGAUGGUAUCAACAUCUAUCAGGCCUACAUAUUCCUGCGAUAGGGGCUCCUGCGCUAUGCCCUACUCAUUACAUAUUCCUAGGAAUGAAAAACGCUUGCACCAGUCGCUAUGUCACCCACAUCCCAAACCAUAUCGAUGCUCUACCGGUAUGCCAGGGUGUUACUCCGGGCCGAGCGGUGGAACGGUUGAAUGACACAACUGAAUAGACAGCCACAGUGCGUAACGUUGUACUCCAUAUGGCAACUCAAUAUGCAAUACAUGACGUGGAGGACUGCAGCCCCAUUGGUUUCUCAUGAUGGUCUCAGGGAUCUCCUUGCUUGUACAACCCUGCACAAACAGAAAAAAAAAUAUAGAAGUGGUACUACUGCCUGACCUGCAGCCGAUUUUGCCCUGAUUCACCGCCUCCGAGGGGUGGUGAUCCUUCUAUUUCCUGGGCCCCUCUUCCCUUCCCAAAGUUGGAUCAUAUACA